CCUCUCUGACUCCUCUUUCUCCCUUUCCCAGACAUCUUUCAGCUAUCAUCGCUUCUCUGUCGUCUUCAACCCAUUUCGCCCGCUAAAAGGAGUGAAAUUUCCGUAUAUUAUUUCUGUCCAAUCUGAAUCAAGCAAAAAAUUCUGAAAUAUUCGAGAGUUAAUUAAGCAAUUUCAGCACUGAUCCCGAUUGAUGGAUUUUGUUCCAUGCGAUCACAAUGCAUCGUCUGCCCAAAAUUUUCGCUAAUAAUAGCUCCGAACGCCGGAGAAGUGACUCGGACUCCGUCUCCGGGGACAGCUCUAGCUCGAGCCGGCGCGCCGCCAGUUCGAAGCCGAGGCUCGAGCGGCGUAACGCUAGGAAGAAUAUCAAAUACGAUUACUCGCUCUCGUCCGCCUCAGCUCCUCCGUCGUCAUCGUCGUCGUCGUACUACACUGCGUCGGAUGAGUCUCUGCGCACGCGGUCCCUCGAUUUGUACGGCGGGAGGCAGAGUUUCAGGGUUCAAGGUAUCGACGGUGAGAUCGAGAUUAUGUGCAAAAACCUAGGUUUUUCGGCUAUUGAUGAUUUCUCUAUAUCGCCUGAGGACUAUGAGGUGAUGAAAGUGAGAUCGUCUUCUGCUCCUGUCGGGUUCAGCCUGGCAAUCGAGGAGGUUAGCGAUGGAGCUGUUGAGGUUGUUGGCUUGUUAAAUCGGGGAAUUGGAGGUAGUGAAAACUUAAUUAGAUGUUCAGGUCCUAGUGGUGAAGUAAUUAGUAAGAAUUCAGAGGGAAUUCGUGAAUGUAGAAAUAGGGGUAAUGUAAUUGGUAUUACAAUGGUGGAUGAUGUGAGGGUAAGUGAUGGCAUUUCAAAUGAUGAUUUGGGUGGUAGAUCGAAUGAACUCCGUGGAAGUGGAAUUAAGGGCGUGAGGCCGCCAUUUCUAGGCCUUCUGGCUCCACCACCAUUUAUGUCAUUACCUGUGGUUGAUCAAGAGUGCUCCACUUGGGAUAUCUUCCGAAAUUUUGGCCCAGACAGUGGACAACUGCAAGCCUUGGAUGAGCAAGGUGGUCAGGAUAGGAUUGAGGAUGAGGACCAUGAGGAUCAAAGAAGGAGAAUGGCAAGGGAAGAGAACUUUGUUCUCUCAGCAUCGUGUUCAUUCACCACAAGCUCGAAUGAUGAUGAUUGCUCAAGCACUACAACAGACCCUGUAUCAAGUGUUUCACCAAAUGGGAGAUGUAGACGUGCUAUUUCAAAUUGGCAGAAGGGCGACCUCUUAGGUCGUGGAUCAUUUGGAUCUGUGUAUGAGGGAAUUGCCGAUGAUGGAUUCUUUUUUGCUAUUAAGGAAGUAUCUUUGCUCGAUCAAGGGGGAGAAGGAAGGCAGCGUGUUGCUCAACUUGAACAGGAAAUUGCACUUCUGAGGAAGUUUGAGCAUGAAAAUAUUGUCCAGUAUUAUGGCACAGAGAAGGACGACUCACAUCUCUAUAUAUUUCUUGAGCUUGUUACCAAAGGCUCUCUUUUGAGCCUUUACCAGAAAUAUACCCUCCGAGACUCGGUAGUCUCUUCUUAUACAAGACAGAUUCUUCAUGGUUUAAAAUAUCUGCAUGACCAAGGUGUAGUGCACAGAGACAUCAAGUGUGCAAAUAUACUGGUGGACACUAAUGGAUUGGUGAAACUUGCAGAUUUUGGUCUUGCAAAGGCAACUAAGUUGAAUGAUGUCAAAUCUUGCAAGGGCACUGUAUUCUGGAUGGCUCCUGAGGUUGUUAGGAGCCAGGGCUAUGGGCUUGCAGCAGAUAUAUGGAGUCUUGGGUGCACUGUAUUAGAGAUGCUUACCCGGUGUUUUCCGUACGGGGAUAUGGAAUGUAUUUCAGCGAUGUUUAGGAUAGGAAAGGGCGAGAGACCACCUAUUCCUAGUUCUCUUUCCAGAGAUGCACGAGAUUUCUUACUUAAAUGUCUAAAAGCUGACCCAAGUGUGCGGUCAACAGCGGCCGAGCUCUUGAAUCACCCCUUUGUGAGGCGACCACUUCAAGUGUCAUUGGGAUUGGAUUGAACCAUACAUUGCAUCUCUUGCAGUUUGAAUGUGUGAAUUGGAGUUUCUGCAAUUCAGUGAUUUGCCAAACAUUUUUCUCGCAAGAAUCCAAGAAAGUACUUCUCUGCAUUGUCGACUCAUUGUGCUCCAUUUGGGUGUUUCUUCCCAAGCAGGUCUGGUGUGCAUAGCGGGUGAGUAAACACUAUAUUUUUCUCCUUUCUCUUUAAUAAGGACAGCGCUAUUGAGAUUUCCAAUUUAAUAGAGCUGGGGUUGUAUGGUCCAAACCCCAUAGGCUAGCUAACCCUAUCAGUGUACAUGGUGUUCCUCAUAUUACUUGUAGAAAAUGGUGUAACAAAUUUUUUUGGUUUCUGAUGAAUUUUAUUAGCAGCAGCCUGUAAUUUUCAUUGAAGCGACAGAUGUGAGAAAUGAUCCUUGCUCUUUUCUCAUUUCUUACACAAGACUGCUAUUGUUUUCAGCAAAAUAUGAUCCUAGUGUGUGAUGCCUUUGAAAA